CUUUAACUUUUUAUAAUAAAAGUUUAUAACUUUAUCUAUUUUGCAUUGUGAACGAUUACAAUUGCUUGGAAAUAUUAUUGGAAGCUGAGUUCAUACAUUUAUGUGUUUUGAGAUUUUACAUUGGCACGACCAUCUUUUGGCCAAUUUAGUGUGCUUAGAAUUAUGAUUUCGAUGCCAUUGUAGUAUGUUUUUAUGGACUAUUCUGGAACUCAAUGCUUUAUUCUCUUUUAACUUUCACAGAUAGUUAGUAUAUAUAGUUGUUCAAAGUUUGAUCCACUUAUUGUUUAGGUCAAUAUACUUGUGUCAUUCCAUUGAACCUGUCUAGUAAAUAUGUCUUAUUCAUGUUUUGAUUUGAUCUUUAAUGUUUUGUUGUAUUAGUGUCAAAUGUUUCAAAAGCCAUGCCAUCCUUUGAUAUGAUUACAUGAUGUGCUGAUAGGACACCUAUUGGAAGCAUAUAUUCAUCCAUUUUGAUAUAAAAAAAAACUAAAUUUGUAUUAAUUUUGUAGUCAGAGAAAAGAGUGGUCUAAUUUGUCUCUUUAAUGGACUCUGUUGGGAGUGGAUGGUGGUCCGAAGAGGAAACUCAUGUGGUUUUCUCUCCACAAUCAUUGUCUCUUUUUGGUGAAGGAAUAUCACUGGUGUUCUCUCGCUGGACAGCGCUCCAGAUGGCGGUGGAAAACGCAUGUGGUGGGCGAGAGUCACGACACAAGUCUGAAGAGCUCACCUCCACUAUCCUCACCUGGUUCUCCCAGUCUAAAGGUCCACUUUAUAUUGAUGAUUUGGAAAAUAUGCUUGAAGAGAAUAUGUUGAAUUUAUUCAAUACAGAGAUUGAUGAUGGUAGCAUCGAAGAGGUUGCUGAAGAAUUGAUGAUCAUGCAUGAAGACUUUCUCAAGGGAAAUUUUGAAUCAAUUGAAAAGCUGAGGAAGUCGGGACCUGUAAUUAGCUCAGUUGCUCAGAGCAAACAGGCAAUAGGUGGUAAAAGACGGUGUUGGCAUUUUCCAAUUUUAAAAGACGGUGUUGGCAUGUUGCAUGAUGAUCAAUAGAUAUUAUGUUAACAAGACAAGUUGGAUCAGGUAGAGCUCAUGGUACCAUGCAUAGGGAGAUAAGAGAAACUCUAGUAAACAUAAUCUGAAGCGUCUGAAUAUUACAACUGAUAUCACAUUGUAUAAAGAUCACUAAAUGGGAUAUAGGAUUCAUGUAGCUGUCCCUAGUGGUUGGGAUUAAUAUUAUUUCUUAUUGAUGUAAGGUGAACUAACUUGUCUUUUGAUGAAAUUUAGUUUUCAUGCUACACUUGUCAUAUGUAGCUAGAUCGUUCAUAAUGAUGAGAUUCCUUGACUUCUAUUUACAUAUUAGGUCGACUAAUUUCUCUGAUUGUGAUUGUACUCUACAUUCUAUUUAAUUUUGGUUUAGUUUAUAUUUUUUCUUGUCAUUGCUUCAAACUGUUUCUACAUGUGAUCACUCACAACUUAUAAACGACAUGUUAGUUUAAUUGUGUUUAUCUUGAGGAGAUAGAUUUUCAUG